CUAUUGGUCUUCACGCAGUACUCAUGUGUUUCAUGUGGGUGCUAAAUUAUUUAACAAGACAGAAUAUGCUUAUAUAACUAGUUUGUUGUUGCCUACGUGGAACUCGGCAUGCGGUGCUCGCUCGUAUUGUAAAGUUAGCAAAGGUGCUCCCGAGACAUGCCUGCUCGCUGUCUGCCAGGAUGUUCCAGACGCUUGACACAGAAAAAAAAAGACCACCACCACCUUUGCGCUCUUCGAAGAACUCGUUGCAAUUAAUCUGAUGGGAAAAGAAUACAGUCUUGCAGAGGAGCCUUGCUUGCACACAGCGAGGGCAGUAGGGUUACUACAGCACUACGCUGGGAGAGAGAAGCUGAACAUGAAUUCAACUGCAAUCCCUUUUUAUCGCAAUUGUAGCAUCUAACUUUAUAGACCACACACUGUAGGCUACACUCCAGAAUGAGGAUGAACUUGGGCAGAGUAGUUGUGCUUGCUGGUUUAAGUGGGAUUGUGAGUUUCAGUUUACUGGUUUCUGCAAUUGCGACGGACCACUGGUACAUCCUGGAGGUGAACGACCCGAACAGCACUGUAGACCUGGGCGAGCUGAAUUCGCACUCCGGACUGUGGAGGAUUUGCGAAGGCAAUGCGUGUUACCCUCUUGUGUACCCCUUCUCCACAGACACCUCCAAGCAGCCAGAACCUGUGAGACGAUUAAUCAACAUGUUCAAGGCCGUUGUGAUCCUGCUGCCCCUCAGCCUGGUUCUGCUGGUGUUUGGAGGGAUCUGUGGGCUUGUCAGCUCCCUGUCAAAGAGCAUCUCCCUGCUUGUGCUCACCGGAUCCUACUUCCUCCUCUGCAGCCUCUUCACGCUCUCUGGGGUCAGCGUCUACAUCAUUUACUGCAAGCUGGCGUUCGAGAUCAUAAUGCAGGAGUACGGCGUACAGUGGUUCUCCCACGUGCACAUCACGUUCGGCUGGUCAAUGGCAAUAGCUUGGCUGUCCUUUACUAUGGAGAUCAUCACAGGGUCCCUGCUGCUCCUGGCUGCCAAGAUCACUGGUGCCCAGCAGAACUUGGAGGCUACCGCAGAGUACUCCCUCCCCAUGGAAGAAAGACCCUGAGCAUUUUAAUCAUUUUGGAAAAAAACUUCUACACUCUCACACAGUCUAUCAAUCUACAUUGCACGCUUAAUAAUCUGCUGUAUUACAAAUUGUAUUGCAGCAUUGAUAUUGCAGCUUCCCUGCCAACACUUCUACACACAGUUACUAAACAGUUACCUAAACCGUUUCAGCUGGCAGAGAGAGAGGCAGUACACUGAGGUAUUGUGUUAAUGUGUCACACGUUGCCGUAUUCUUUGAUUGCUUAAGUAUGAAAAUCACAGAUUAAGUGCCACAUGGUACACAUCACUCGCUUCUUGACAGUGUCUUUAUAGUCGGUACACAACUGUAUUCUAUGAUUCUGUCAAUGCAGGACAUUGCAGAAAGUUUGAAGCAAACAGCACAGUAGCAGGUAUACGGACUGUACUUCCUGCCAAGAGCAGCCAAGUCCUCAGUGAUGCCAGACCAACAGGGAGUCUCUGCAACUGGAAUGCAUGUAGCACAUACACUACAGAUUUCUUGAUUGUCUUGAUGAGUAAGUUUUCUGGAUGAGUAACUUUUUUUUUUGCAAUCAGACUCCUGCUGUGCAUUUCCUAACUUUCUUACUGAAGUCUAUGGCCUGGUUUUCCAGUCCCUGAUUAGCACUCAUUUGGGACUAUUCAAUGUAGAUGCUUUGCUAAUCGUUGGUUAGAGUUAAUUAGGCUUUGCAAACCAUUGUUGGGUGAAUUGAAAAACAUUUGUUACAACUGUUUACAUUUGCCAAAGCUAGUUUACAGUCUGGGAGUGAGGGAGACAUGCUUGCUAAACCUGAGUUUCUACAGAAUUUGGUCUCUUUGUUGCUUCAAUGUAGUGUGCCAAUGGCUUAACUUUGGUUGCAACCGUUUCUGUAGCUGUUGCAUUGUGGCAGGGUGGAAGCCUUGCAUGUAAAUAGCGUGUGGUAGUGUAAAUAAAAAAAUGUUUUUAAUGUGGCCAUUCUCAUAAUUAAAUACUAAGGGCAGAUCUUUUGUUUGGUGAUCAGGAGAGAUUGGGGAAUGGCCACAAGUUCUAGAAUGUUACAUUACAAGGAGGCAGUGUGGUCCAUUUGUUAAAGUCCAGGGCUUUACCAGAAGGUCACCGGUUCAAAUCCCACCUCUGCUAAUGAUUGACGCACCGUGUGACCCUGAGCAAGUCACUUAAGCUCCUUCUCCUGAGUUAAUUUGUUUUCUAUUACACUGACUUGCUGAAUACACUUAACCAUUUUCCAGUUCCAAUGGUCCAUGUCGUUCGCGUCUCUAAAGCCUCAAAACCACUUCAUUUAAGGUAUUUUGUUUACAGUUAUUUACAAGAGCUUUGUAGUCUCAUGCUAAUGAAAAUUCUCAGACAAUCUGCUUUAGGUUUUCAAGUGUUAUAUAAACAGCAUGUUUCUGCCUUUGUUCUUCCAUUAGUAGCUGUGAUUCUCUAGCACUAACACUGAAGCACUGGUAAUUGCAGUGCAGAAUAUAUGGAUAGAGCAAAACACAUUAUUAAUACAAAGUAGAACCACAGACCAUGUCAUUAAAUGUACUACGUGGGUAGUGCCGCAAACAGAACAUUUGCUGUCAUUCAAUUUUUUUGAAUCAUGAAGAUGUAGACUUUAGACAACAGUAUGUACCAAUUCUUCCUUUCUGCAAUGCUGUAGGACCACUUCACCUGAUAUAUUCUGUACAUAAAGGCUCACCCUGAGGACAAGAUUGCACAAGUGCCAUGCUUCUUCCCACAGAGGUAACAGAACAACCCCUUUAAAACUACCCAGACAUGUCUUUCUUUAACAUUCUCGCAUUUCAUUUUGUUAACAGCUACUGAUGAGGAAUGUGUAACAACCAUUGAAAGAGCUAUAUUAGCUGUAAGGUUUAAAAAUGAAGGUAAGCAUUUAAUGAAGUACUUUGUCACAUUAUCAGGAUGAGACCAGACCAUGUUUCAAAUCUUCCAGAUAACCACGUUACAUUCUACAGUGAACAUAAUUGUUUUGAUACAACACGUGGCACUAGUAUUAGCAAAAGCAGAUUACCUGAACCCCUGGAGGUAUUGGGAGCUUCUCUGUCUGUGUCGCCUCUAUGCCUGGUAUUUAUAAUCUAGUAGAGCAUACAUGACUAGUUUGUUUCUGUUAUUAGUUAUUCAGCUGUUGCUGCACUCAGGUGCAACCAACCAUAAACUACUCUCUUUUACAAGGUUGCUGUAGUUAACUGUUUAUCAUAUUGUUUCCUUCCCAUACUUUCUUGCACACAUUUUAUCACGUCGCUCAUUUUAAGUUGCUUAGCAACUCCACUUAUGCGCGUCACCUCCAGCAAACCGGUCUAACAUUACCAACACAUUAACUUUCAUAUGAUUGCCGAUACUUUUUCACUCUCCCUAGUUACUGGGUAGGAGAGCCAAAAGGGAACAUUUCUAGUGGUUUGCGCUUUCUGAAGGCAAUACAUGGCAGCAAUGUAGACUGUUUAUAGCUCUUUGUUUGCUCAUGUGUAUCUGAGAAGGCGAUUGUUUAUAAUUCUGUUUGCAAACGUGUCACAAACCCAACCUGCUCCCCUGCUGCAGCACAGGAUGCACAGAACCUCUGUCCCUUCCAACGACAUCCUAGUUGCUAUGUAAGCAUCCAUUGCUUCAGAGGAUCAUUAAUUCUUUCUUAUGCUACAAUAGCCAGAGGCUGCUAAGACACAUAUCUCUAAAUGUUUCAGCUUGAUAUAACAAUGUUCAGUCUUUUGCAGUUUUAAAGAUGCUAGUAUAUUUUGUAGUGUUAGUACACUUGCAGUUGGUCCACAAUGUGUUUGGGUCAUCAAACAAUUGGACAUUUUUACAGUAUAUUGUAAUUGUAGGAUGGAAAAACCAUGAUUGCAGACAUGCCCGGCUCUUUUGCAUUGUGGCUAAGAGGCUUACUUGCCUACUUACGUGCCCAGCCUCCCUCUGCCCUGUUACAUCUGGAUCUUGCUAGCUUGUAUAACCUUAAAAAAAAUACAAAUCCUUUUUAGAAAUGUUGCUGUUACCCUAUUUUGUUUCAAAGUAGACUGAUAACUUACACACCUCAGUGGUGGCUGUUUGACCUGGUCCUUUAUAUAUACGGCGUGAUUCAGUCUCCACAGGACCAGUGGAGAGGUUUGACCGUUGUGUGUGAGGCCUGUAUGUGUUUAUUACUUGUUAAUGUGUCCAUUCCAUUUGUCGAGUUGAAUCUCCCUGCUUGCUGUAUCCAUGUUAGACUGCACAUGUCAGCUUGGCUUUUUGAAUGCAAAGGUAAUUGCAAUCUCAAAAAGGGCAGAGGCUUGUCCCAUUAACAUGUUCCUGUGGAAUACACUGCCCUCCAGCAUUAAAGAGAUCACAGCGUCUCCUGUACAGCAGCUACUACUGAGAAGCCAUUAACAGAUUUCUACUUUGUAACAAACAAGUGCAAAUUAUUGAUCAUUUUGCAGCGGGGCUGAAGCAAUGCAAUCCCAAGUACUGACACUCCAGCCCCAGAAAAUGUUUCGCUUUUCAGCUGUUUCACAAAAGGGUUAUUGAUCUUUUAUGUUCUUUUUUAACAUAUU